UCAGCAUCAUGGCUGUCAGUAUAUAUUUGAAACUUGAACGAUGCGCUUCCUUUCGUCACGUUGGUUUUUUUUAUUUGUGUAUUUUGACGAAAAUGAUUUUGCGUGCGAUUUUAAGUGUUUUAAAUUAUGGAAUGGAUUGGAUGCAGUGACGUGAUAUCGUGAUAUUUGGAAAAGAAAAUGGCAUCCCACAAAAAGAAUUAAAGGAACAUCUAUACAGCAACACGUGAACAGGCGAAAAUGACAUCAAGGUUGGACCGUCUCUUCGUGUUGCUGGAAGCUGGCACCGGUCCAGCAACUCGGCGCGCUGCAGCUAGGCAACUGGGUGAGGUGCAGAAGGCACACCCGGAAGAACUCCAUCGGCUGCUGGCAAGGCUUAUGAAGCACUUUCGUUCGCCAGCAUGGGAGACUAGGAUUGCUGCUACGCAGGCAGUUGAAGCGAUUCUAUCAAACGUCCCGGAAUGGCAUCCAAAUUUCACUGGUUGUAAAGAAGAAGAUCAGAAAGAGGAAGAGGGACUCAGUCUUCUACGAUGCGAGACAUUCGACAUAGAGAGGGUGUUGGAACAUGGCGCUCAUCUUAUGGGCUCCGAGGGACAUGAGUACGAGAUGGAGGAAGAGCCUCAAUCAGCAGCAGAAAUGCAAGAGCGGUUAGCAAAGCAACGUCAGCAGUUGAAUGCUCGCCUUGGUCUAGAUAUGGCGGCGACCUUGGGUGUCGAUCUCACCUCAGUUUACACCAACGAAGAUCUCUGCCCAGUCAAAAUUGAGAAGCCAAAUAAGACGAAUGUCGUGAGGAGGCCAAUUCAGGAGGUGCUUCCAACGAAGGCGUUAAGUUCUCGAGAGAUGAAUGUAGCUAAGCGCAAGGCGCGAGCGGCUUUUAGUAAGCAAAAGUCGAGGGAUUGCAGUGAGAGGGAUGAGACGAUGCCCCCUGAGGAGCCAGAUAAGAAGAAGAUCAAAAUGGACCCCGUUGAGGAUUAUAUCUUUGACAGUGGCGCCGGUGUCCCCGAGCGUGGUGGUGGGUGGGGUGACUGUACGCGCUGGCCUCUGGAAGGCUGGUGUGGGGCAUUGCAGACCCAACUGUUCAGUGGGGCGUGGGAAGCCCGCCAUGGAGCAGCAUCCGCUCUAAGGGAGCUCUUAAAGGCACCCCUAGCUGCAUCCGCGUACGCUGCUCGCUCGCGUAUACCUGAGACGCCCGAACAGUUAGAAGAAUGGCAUCACGAAUGGUUGGAGGACAUGGCGUUGCGUCUUCUCUGUGUGCUGGCUUUGGACCGAUUUGGGGAUUUUGUCUCGGACCAGGUGGUAGCCCCAGUACGAGAAACAUGCGCGCAAACAUUAGGGGUGACACUCGCUCAGAUGCGCGCGCCUCGUGUGAAGGCAGUUGCGGAGAGGGUGGCAGCCCUAGCCUCGCAGAAGCAAUGGGAGGCAAGGCACGGGGCUUUAUUGGCUUUCAAAUACUUGUUAGCUGCUAGACAGGAAGUGGCUGUAGAUAGCGGAGCCCUAGAACACUUGAUAGCUGGUCUGGAUGAUACAGCUGAAGAUGUGUCAGCUGUGGCAGCCGGUGCUCUUGUCCCAGCGGCGCACGCGUUGGCCCGAAGUCGGCCUGAUGGUGUUCCGAGAUUGGCAGCACGACUGUGGCAGUUGCUGCAUGAGCAGGAUGACCUGGCGUCGCCCGCCAACUGUUAUAUGGCACUGCUGGCUGCAUUGAUGGCGCUGCCCACCGCUGCUAUCCUUUUACACCCUAUUGAUCUCGCAGACGUCCUUCCACGGCUAUGGCCAUACCUCGACCAUUCCACCAGUUCGGUUCGUAAAGCGACACUUCAAACUCUCCGAACGUUAACCAAACCUCUAGUCAUCACAAACGGUCAUAAUGAAAUGCGUGAAAGUGCAGAUGAAAGCGAAUGGCUGGCCUGGACACCGGAAUUGCUGCAAGCCACUAUGAGGCACAUUUAUCAGCGAAUACUGUUCGAACAUGUCCAUGAAAUUCAAGAGAUUGCUUUACAGGUGUGGGAAAAUUUGCUAAGAUUCGCGUCUUUGAGUGUGAUCUUAGUAGCCGCUUGUCCCAUGUUGGCCACUUGGAUGUGUCUCGCUAUGCAGCCCGCUAAGUUGCCAGUGGAGCCAGAUUUGCUCCUAUAUACACCUCCCAAAGAGCGUCGACCCCGUACUACCUCUCAGUCGUCCCUAGGCGAGUGUGAAGAGAGCAACGAUACUCGUCCGUCUCAGAAAUGGUUGUUGGGCGGUAGUGAGACGCAACCGGGUGCGUUGCGCGAGCGCAAUGUGACACGCGCCAGGGUACUUGCUGCCAAAGUCUUAGGUUAUUUAUCGUGUUAUCUAGUCCAGCCGGCCCCCGGCAUAGAGUAUAAAGUGGAAGAUGAAAGUCCUAUAGAUUGUUAUACAAAGGUGAUGGUGGUAUACCUUCGCGGAGGCAGUGCCCUUCAGCGUACGGUGGCGAGUCUGGUGAUAUCGUCUUGGGCCACUCAUACUGUCAAAUACAAGCUAUUUCCUCCCGACAUGCGAGACGAUACACAGGCGGCAAACGACAAUGACGUGUCAAAACUUGCGCCGCCAUUACUGGUGUCAACUUUGCACACAGCCCUCAAUCAAGUGCUGUACUAUGACGAAGUUGCGUUGAAUUGUAAUAGGAUUCUCCAAGAGGCUCGCGAUUUGCUAGCAAUGAUGAAGCAUUACAAAUUGGCGGUCGGAGAGGAGUUUAAUAAUAUACUUAGAUUGGAACAGGUGGCACAAAUGACGACAGUGACUGAACGAUUAAUUGCGGGAAUGAAGAUCAAGCGAGUCUCUUCCAGUCUGGAAGAACGUCGAGCGGCGCUGCAUACUGCCGUCACCCAGUGCUCUAUAGACCAGAGCGCAUUGAAUAUAUCGGUCCAAGCAGCAGUGAGCGGUGCAGUGGCAACACUCCGAGUGUUGCCAGAGAAGCUAAAUCCCGUGGUCCGACCUUUGAUGGACAGUAUUAAGCGGGAAACGUCAGAGGAACUGCAAGCUGCGUCUGCGCAGACAUUGGCGCAUUUAUUGGCAACCCUUCAGCCGAGAGAGUCCUGUCCCAACAACAAAGUUCUUGUUAACUUAAAGGCUUUUUUACGAUGCGAUCCAGAGUUUACGCCUCGAAUAUCGCUGGAUAUAUUGGAGAAGGCCGAGGGUGAUUCUGGUAGUGGCGAUAGUGGUGCCGAGAAUAAGGAAGAGCAUGCGAGUCAGCUGCCGCCAUUGGACAAAUACAACGGCAUCGUGACGUUACGCGAGCAACAGCGAAGUGCGGAGCGCGUAGUUCCAAGAAGGGGUCGUCCGCCUGCAAACAACGCGCCCAUUGAGUUGGGCCUUGAACAACUCUUUCCUAACGAAGAUCAGGCUCGAAAAUUGCUUCGCAUUCAAAGGCGAGGCGCAAUGAUGGCUCUAACUAGUCUGGCUGAAUAUUUUGGCGAUGAUCUGCCAGAAAAGCUACCCAAGCUCUGGGAGUUUAUUACUGAGCCAUUUGAGAAAGUUCUCACUGAUGCCGAACUUGAGAGCAUGGAAGUAGAGGUUGGUGACGAAUUGAUAUCUCGUCUUCAAGUGGUGGAAGCAGUUUGCGGCGUAUUAGGGAAAGGGGCGUGGUCGCAAGUGGCGGGCGGGGUCCAGGCGUGUGCUGCCCUGACACGGUCGCCUUACACAGCCCUGAGGCAUAUGGCAGCAAGAGGCCUGGCUGCAAUGGCUAAAAGAGAACCACAUGUCGUCAUGGAUGUGCUUAUACAAGAGUUAAUAGAAUCGCUGAGCGAAGGCAGCGAGUGCGUCCGUUGCGGGGCGGCGGAGUCCCUCGCGAGGUUGGUCGACACGCUGCAACUGCAACUGGUUCCUUACAUCGUCCUAUUAUUGGUGCCGUUAUUAGGCCGUAUGAGCGAUCAUAACGAGUCCGUUCGCGUUAUGUCGACGCGUUGCUUCGCCACUCUCAUACAACUUAUGCCCUUGGAUGGUGCUGUUCCCGAGCCCCCAAAUUUAUCACCUGAACUGAAAGCCAGAAGACAACGCGACCGUACUUUUAUCGACCAGCUCUUCAACCCCAAGUCGAUCAAGGACUAUAAGAUACCUAUACCAGUGUCUGCAGAGCUUAGGAGUUAUCAACAGGCUGGUGUUAAUUGGUUACGAUUCCUGUAUGAGUACAAGCUUCAUGGAGUACUAUGCGAUGACAUGGGUUUGGGAAAGACGCUCCAAUCGAUCGUGGUGGUGGCAGGAUCGCACUAUGAGAGAGCUCAAUCGGGUGCACCUUCGUUGCCUUCACUAGUCGUGUGUCCGCCUACACUUACUGGCCACUGGGUAUUCGAAGUGAACAAAUUCAUAUCAACGAAAUACCUGAAACCGUUGCAGUACGUUGGUCCGCCCGUUGAACGAGAACGUCUACGCGGACACGUACGUCGGUACAACCUUAUCGUAGCCUCAUACGAUAUCGUUCGAAAGGAUAUUGAUUUCUUUAGCUCGAUUAAAUGGAAUUAUUGCGUGCUUGAUGAAGGACACGUAAUUAAGAACGGGAAGACGAAAGCGUUUAAGGCCAUCAAGCAAAUCGUCGCUAAUCACCGGCUUAUACUGUCCGGAACUCCUAUUCAGAACAACGUCCUGGAACUAUGGUCCCUCUUCGAAUUCCUGAUGCCAGGUCUUCUUGGAACGUCUCGUCAGUUCACAGCCCGAUACUCCCGGCCCAUCUUGCAGGCUCGGGACCCUCGAGCUACACCGCAUCACUUGCAGGCCGGGGCUCUAGCAUGCGAACAGCUGCAUCGACAGGUGCUACCGUUUCUCCUCCGUCGCGUCAAAGAAGAGGUGCUCCGCGAAUUACCACCGAAGAUCACUCAGGACUACUAUUGUGACCUCAGCCCUCUGCAAAAGUCUUUGUACGAACACUUUUCGAAACGGCACAUGACACCCGACGCCGCACAUUCAAGGAAACACGUGUUUCAGGCUUUGCACUAUUUACAAAAUGUAUGCAACCAUCCCAAGUUGGUGCUGAAUCCGGAACACCCGGAAUGGACGCGGGUUCAAAAACAACUUGCCUCACAACGGUCCACACUCAACGACAUCUCGCACAGUGCUAAACUACCCGCACUUAAGCAAUUACUUCUUGACUGCGGCAUCGGUGUAGCGAAUUCAGAAAGCGGCGACGCAGAAGGAACAGAAGGGGAACUGUGUCGCGUGGUCUCUCCUCAUCGCGCCCUAAUAUUCUGCCAACUCAAGGGCAUGUUAGAUAUCGUCGAACGAGAUCUUUUGCGAUCACAUCUUCCAACUGUGUCGUACUUGAGGCUGGAUGGAUCCGUGCCUGCGCAUCUCCGACAUGAUAUCAUCGCUAGGUUUAAUAGCGAUGUCUCUAUUGAUCUACUACUGCUGACAACAAGUGUCGGUGGUCUCGGUCUAAACCUGACGGGAGCGGAUACGGUGAUAUUUGUGGAGCACGACUGGAACCCCAUGAAGGACCUUCAGGCCAUGGAUCGGGCGCAUCGUAUCGGUCAGAAGAACGUCGUCAACGUAUAUCGCCUCGUUACUAGAGACACGCUCGAAGAAAAAAUAAUGGGCUUACAAAAGUUCAAGCUGAAAACGGCCAACACGGUCAUCAGCAGUGAGAAUGCAGCCAUGGAGACAAUGGGUACCGAUCAGCUCCUCGACCUGUUUCAGCAAUCCGGAAACCCUGGUACUUCCAGCAAUGCCAGCAGUACCAGCAAACCCUUGCUGGAGACUUUGCCAGAACUCUGGGAUGAUAAGCAGUAUGAAGAGGAGUAUGAUAUGAGCAAUUUCAUUCGCAGUCUCAAUCAGUUUAAAGAUUAAUUGUUUGUUCUUAAUUCUUCUUGAUGAUUCGUUUCUUUUUGUAUACUAGUGUUGGAUUGGCACAAUAUUUAUGGCGGACAUUAUUUAAAAGCCUUUAAAUUUAAAACCAAUUGUAUUCACUGUAAAAGGAGACAGUAAUUUUAUUGAUUAAAAAAAAUCUCACAUUUUAAGCAAUACUUAAAUAAAGAAGGAAUUUAGUUUUUAUAAGUAUGACCACAGUUUGUCUCUAGAUAUACUGAGACUGGAUAUUAUGAAAAAGUUUCAUUCAGUUUCUACAGCUUUAAUACUUGUCAAUUAUUCUCGCAAAUUAUAUUUAUUCAAGAGAAACGUGGUAGAGGCUGAUUUUGUGAUUUUUUUUCAAAACAAUAGUUCAUCUAUUUUAAAAUAUCUGUGACAAUAUAAAAAGAGUGUGUACUUAUGUACACGCGUUAGA